AUGUUAAAUAACAAAGGGAGUAAGUAAGCUUAACAAUGGUCUUGUUCUUAUCAGGCUCUUUUCUUUCUCUCCCAGCUAGAUUGCAAAACAAUUCUUUUCCCAUAUCCUAUUUUCGAACCUAUAUUCUGCUUUGAUCGUUCACAUGUCACGAUGCUGUGGCGCUGAUUUGUUUAAAAAAUCUUGUUGUCGCUUCUCCACUAAUGAGUUGUUUAUUAUAAGGAACAAAUUAGAUGGAGAAGCACAAAUUACUUGUAAACUUCCUCUCUAUCAUUCAUACACACAUUAGAUCAUUCGGGAAUCAAGAUGAAUCAAAUGACUCAGCAAAUCUCUCGUACGCAACUCGAAAACUUCCUCCUUACCCUCUACUUCGCUCCACAGGAGCUCGCUAAUUUCUUGGCUCCCAACACAACAUUCAGGUUCCAUAACUAUGGACGUGUCAGUUGGCAUCUUGAAGACGGAAAGCCCCAGGUCGUUCUCUCUCUAGGUAGACAACAAGCUUGGACUCUCAAUUGGCCUCCAACAGCAGAUAUCAUCCUACGCAACCACAGUUACGAUAGCUUGAAGAAGGCGAGGUAG